AUGCAGCUCGUCGACCACGAUACUUUUCUGAGGCAGCUUGCAGCUCUCUUCGAAUCAUCCAAAGAGAAGGGAUCAAUAUGGAUCACUCAUAAACGAUUGACGCACGAUGGCGAGGACGCUGCCAUGAAACAUGAAGACGAGGGUGCUGAGGAUACCAGGGAAUACCCUUGCCUCCUCCGCGUAACCAACGGCAAGGACACCAAGUUCUCCACCAAAGUCGACGCAUCCCAACUACCUAAAUUCUACUCAGCCUACGGCUCCCUAUUGAAAUCGUCCAUGUCGACCCUCCGAAAACGCGACAAAAAGCGGGAAAAGGUUCGCGCUGAGCAGGCGGCGCUCAGGAAGAAAAAGAUGACUGAGCCCGUCGUUUUGAGCGGGCCAAAACGUGGCAAUGGGAGGAGGAAACGCCAGAGGCAGCUCAAGGCGCUUGCGAAGCAGGAGGUGUCGCAGCAGAAGUUUAAGGAGAGGGAGGAGGCGCGUCGCAAGGCCGAGCAGGCAAGGGGCUAGUCUCCUCGUACCGGCUGACUAUCCCACCGGUUCACUAUCUCCCUUUCAUAACUAUGACUUGUUCUGUUUCUCAACACCAAUAGAAUGGCUUCGAUGAUUA